GUGGUGAUACUCCCUUACAUUUAGCUGCUAAUGGUGGAAAUCUCGACAUAGUGCAAUUGUUAUUAGAAAGAGCAGAUAUAGAUCCAAAUAGAGAAAAUGAGAAUGGUGAUACUCCCUUACACUCAGCUGUUAGUGAUAAACAGCUCGAAAUAGUUCAGUUGUUAUUGAAAAGAACAGAUAUAGAUCCAAACAAAGGAAAUAAGAAUGGUGAUACUCCCUUACACUCAGCUGUUAGUGGUGAACAGCUCAAAAUAGUUCAGUUGUUAUUGAAAAGAACAGAUAUAGAUCCAAACAAAGGAAAUAAGAAUGGUGAUACUCCCUUACACUCAGCUGUUAGUGAUAAACAGCUCGAAAUAGUUCAGUUGUUAUUGAAAAGAACAGAUAUAGAUCCAAACAAAGGAAAUAAGUAUGGUGAUACUCCCUUACACUCAGCUGUUAGUGGUAAACAGCUCGAAAUAGUUCAGUUGUUAUUGAAAAGAACAGAUAUAGAUCAAAACAAAGGAAAUAAGGAUGGGAACACUGUUUUACACAAAGCUGCUAGUAGUGGAGAACUCGAAAUGGUCAAACUGUUACUCGAAACAUCAAAUAUAGAUCCCAAUCAAGAGAAUAAGGAUUGGGACACUGUUUUACACACUGCUGCUAGAAGUGGAGAACUCGUAAUGGUCAAACUGUUACUCGAAACAUCAAAUAUAGAUCCCAAUCAAACGAAUAAGGAUGGGAACACGCCAUUUGAAAUAGCUGCAGAAAAAGGACGACUCAAAAUAGCAAAAUUGUUAUUAGAAAGAACAACUAUAGAUCCAAAAAAAGUGUAUAAGGAUGGGAACACUGUUUUACACAAAGCUGCAAGACGUGGAGAACUCGAAAAGGUCAAACUGUUACUAGAAACAUCAAAUAUAGAUCCCAAUCAAGAGAAUAAGGAUGGGAACACUGUUUUACACAAAGCUGCAAGACGUGGAGAACUCAAAAUGGUCAAACUGUUACUCGAAACAUCAAAUAUAGAUCCCAAUCAAGAGGAUAAGAAUGGGGAUACUCCUUUAUAUUCAGCUGUUAGAGGUAAACAUCUCGAUAUAGUCCAGUUAUUAUUAGAAAGAACAGACAUAGAUCCAAAUAAAGACAAUCGGUCCAAUAACACUCCCUUACAUUAUGCCGUUUUAAAUGGACAUUCAGACAUAGUUCAUUUGUUAUUAAGAAGAACAGAUAUAGACCCAAACAAAGUAAAUAAGGUAUGGAAUUUUGUUCUGACCAGAUAA